AUGGAAAAAGCCAAUUGGUCCUCCCCUGUGGUGGGGUUCAUUCUCCUGGGACUCUCUGCCCACCCGAGGCUGGAGAAGACGUUCUUCGUGCUCAUCAUGUUGAUGUACGUGGUGAUCCUGUUGGGCAAUGGGGUCCUCAUCCUGGUGACCAUCCUUGACUCCCGCCUGCACACGCCCAUGUACUUCUUCCUGGGGAACCUCUCCUUCCUGGACAUCUGCUAUACAACCACCUCCAUCCCUCUACUCCUAGACGGCUUCCUCACUCCCAGGAAAACCAUCUCCUUCUCAGGCUGUGCUGUGCAGAUGUUCCUCUCCUUUACCAUGGGCGCCACAGAGUGUGUGCUUCUGGGCAUGAUGGCUUUUGAUCGCUAUGUGGCCAUCUGUAACCCCCUGAGAUACGCUGUGGUCAUGAGCAAGUCUGUCUAUGUGUCCAUGGCUGUCAGCUCCUGGACAAUCGGUGGAGCUGCUUCUGUGGUACACACAUCCUUGACAAUUCAGCUUCCCUUCUGUGGGGACAAUGUCAUCAACCAUUUCACCUGUGAGAUCCUGGCUGUCCUUAAGUUGUCCUGUGCUGACAUCACCAUCAAUGUGAUCAGCAUGGAGGUGUCCGAUGUGAUCUUCCUGGGGGUCCCAGUUUUGUUCAUCUCUGUCUCUUACAUCUUCAUCAUGGCCACCAUCCUGAGGAUCCCCUCCAUUGAGGGGAGGAAAAAGGCCUUUUCUACCUGCUCUGCCCACCUCACUGUGGUGGUCAUCUUCUAUGGGACCUUAUUUGUCAUGUAUGGGAAGCCCAAGUCUAAGGAUCCCCAGGGGGCAGACAAAGAGGAUCUUUCAGACAAGCUCAUCCCUCUCUUCUAUGGGGUGGUGACCCCCAUGCUCAACCCCAUCAUCUACAGCCUCAGGAACAAUGACGUGAAGGCUGCUGUGAGGAACCUGGUGGCUCUGAAAUACUUCAGCCAGUGA